GAAAGAGAGAAACAGGUUUGUCUUUGUCUUCCCUGUCAAGAUCUAGGGUUUUCCAAUCUGUUCAAAGAUCUGUAUAGUUUUGCUUCGAGUCCUCCUCGGUGCUUCCUUUCAGUUAGUUUUCUCUCUGUAUUUCUCUUAGAAGAAGAUCAAAACUCGAAGUUCAUGUUAACAACCAAGAAAUCUUCUUUAAUUUCAUAUGAUCAUAUCGACCUGCGUAUAUAUAUACUUUAUCUCUUCUUUAAUUUCAUGCUAUGAUUCUGGAUAUUAAUCGAAGCUGAGCUUGGCCAUCAUGAUGGAGAGAAACAGCAGCACCGAAUGUUCAAAGACAACAACAACCCCAUCGAAACAAAACCAGCUUCCGGUCGGGGCUGAGAGCGAAAGCGAAGAGAACGACGGCGAAAGUAAGCCUGGAAAUGGAGGAAGCUCGAGCAACAGCACGGUGGAAGAGAACGAUAAGAAGCCAUCCGUAAGACCUUAUGUUAGAUCCAAGACGCCGAGGCUCCGAUGGACACCCGACCUUCAUCUUCGCUUCGUUCACGCCGUCGAGAGACUCGGCGGACAAGACAGAGCUACCCCGAAGUUAGUUCUUCAAUUGAUGAACAUAAAAGGACUUAGCAUCGCUCAUGUCAAGAGCCACCUCCAGAUGCACAGAAGCAAGAAGGUUAAUGAUUCAGGACAAGCCAUGAAUGAUCAUAGGCAUCUUGUGGAAAGUGGGGAUGGAAAUAUUUAUAACCUCAACCAACUUCCCAUGCUGCAAGGCUAUAAUCAUCAUCAUCACCAAGGAGACAGUUCUAAUUCUUUCAGAUACGGAGAUGCUUCUUGGAAUGGCCGACAGUUCUCGAUUCGUAAUCCUUAUACAAGCAGGAGUUUCAUCGAUGAACAACGACCGGGAUUGCAUGGAACAGUGACGGACAGGAUCUUCGGUAGUAAUAAUUGGAUCAAUUAUGGUUUCAGGAUGGACACUUCCCCUUUCAAUGCAUUAACUAAACUCAAAGGCCAUGAAUCGAAGAAUGAGUUCUCAUCAUCUCGUAUCCAUGAAUCGUUCUCGACUCAGCCAAGAUUAGGCCUCAUGAGUACUUUUACUCAAGCUAAAGUAGAAGACGAAACAAAUUUCAACCGUGAACAAGAGCGUAGGGCAAUGAAAAGACCGAUAUCGGAUAGCAACUUGGACUUGGAUCUAUCUUUACGCCUCACGCCGCUGAACGGAGAAAGGAGACCAAGCUCGGAGGAAGAAGACGCUGGGCGUGAGUUAUCAUUGUCAUUAUGGUCACCGUCGUCAUCUUCGUCGAAGCUUAAGAGAUUGAAAGGAGAAGAUCAUAGUAGGGAUAGUGGAAGAAGGGUAAGUACUCUAGAUCUGACUAUAUGAAUGGGACAAUUCUAAGUGAGAUCUUGAAGUACUUAUCCGAGAAAGACCUUUUUAUUUUUCUUAUUGUCUAAUUAUAACAAUAUUACACGAAUCGAUAAUAACCUUUUUGUUUUUAUGUGUUGUGAUUCUCUGUCGUUUCCUUCACAUUAUCAGAGCCCCAUUCAAAGUUGAAUUUA